AUGCCAACAACACUGGCAUGGCUAAAGUCUUGUUAUUUUAGUCUUCUAGAGACAAGGCAGGCGGAGUAUGUCGAAGAAAAUGUUCUAGAAGUCAUCAAAAGGUUAUGGAAAACGGAUGUUCCUUCCAAAAUUAAUGUUUUUGGCUGGCGGCUUUUGCUAAACAAACUUCCAACAAGGACGGCUCUUAACCGUAGAGGUAUUCUGACUAAUUCUCAUGAUUUACCGUGUGUUUGUUGUUUCAAGCAACUUGAGGAUAGCGCACACCUAUUUUUUUCAUGUUCCUUUAGUAAGGAAGUUUGGAGCAAUGUUCUUAAUUGGUUAGGGAAGACUUUACCAUUGGGAGCUGAAGGAUGGUAUCAUUUUAUUCUAUUUGGUGAUCAGUUUAAUGUGAAAGACAAAGGACGCGUCCGUUAUUUGGUUUGGUUGGCAACCACUUGGAACAUAUGGAAGCUCCGUAAUCUAGUUAUUUUCAAAGGAGUAAUUCCGGAUGCAUUGUCGGUUGUGGAUGCAAUCAAACUUUUUUCUUGGGUGUGGUUUACUAAUCCUUAUGGUCGUAAAGCUUGUUAUCCAUUUUCUAGUUGGUGUUUAGAUUCUUUAUCUUGUAUUCAAAACUCAUGA